AUGGAGGGCUCCUUCGACCUCGGAGAUCUGAUGGACCUCGACCGCUCCUUCAAGCCGCCUGUCAAAGAGGAGAAGGAGAAGAUCCCCCCGCUUAGGAACGUAGCUGGUCACAUGUUUGUCCCCGUCAGUUUCGACCUCACCACAGCGACACCCCUGCAGGGCCGGAUGCAGCGCCUGGAGCACAUUCUCAAAAGUAUCGAGUUUCACCGCCAGGGGUCGAGAGAGAAUCUGUACUACAUGUUUGAUCGCGAGAAACAGCGGCUUAUCAACGAGGCUGAAGAGGCCGAGAAUCAGCUCGGUCAGGACUACCGCCCUGCUCUCACGCCGCAGGAGGAGGAUUCCUUCUUGGCGAGUGUCAGCGCCCCGGCUGAUCCGAAUAAGGAUUACAAUGUCAAGUCGGAAGCUGUGCUGCCGUUGAAGCAGGUUAUCAGGCCGGAGCCGGCGGACAAGCCGUUGCCGGUGAGGGAGAAGACGGUGAGGGACUUGAUGUUUUUGAUUGAGAGCUCGAUCAGCGAGCUGGACAGCUUUGAGAAUGCGAUGAAGGGCAUCAAGGACAAGUAUGCGGUGUAUAAGGCGACGGGUUCAACUGUUGACGGCGUCCGGGUUUCCGGGGAUGCUGUUGGGAGCGAUAAGAGACACCGUGGAUCGGGAGAUCACUCAUUGGAUGUGUCUGGGACACCUUUGGCUUCGGGGGAGGAGAAAGAUUUGGACUUGGCAAAGACAUUUUCGGAACUGGCGAAGCAGGAGUCUUCGGCUACGAGACAGCAGGGCUUGAUCACACCGAGACAGGUGUUGCUGCGAUCAAAACAUGUACCGUCAUCAUCACCAUUGUCAAAGAUCAUUUCGUUGACAGAGGAUGAAACCUCGCUUUCGUCAAGCACAGCUACACCCUCGGCAGCACAGGCUUCAUUGAUGCCGGAACAAAUCUCGCAUCUGUCAAAGAAAGCCUCACCGUCGGCGGCACAGACUUCGUUGACGCAAAAGCAAACCUCGGUUCGGUCGAAGAAGACCCUACCCUUGACAACACCAGGUCCAUUGAUGACAAAAGUGGCCUCCAUGCCGUCUAAAAAGGGUACAUCUUCUACAACACAAUCCCCGUUGCCGGCAAAGACGCCUUCAUCACCGUUUGAAACGGCGACAGCCUCACCCCGCUCAACAACACCAGCUCCUCGGAGAACCAUCCAGAACCACACCAACAUCACUCCCCAAUCUGGCAACAGCGGUCUUCCCCGAAAACAAACCUACAUGUUGCCUACCGAAUCCUCGACCAAAAAGAAGAGAUCGAUAAAGUCGUCCAGUCUCAAGCCUGUCGCCAUCUCUCCCACUCCAGCUGUCCCUAGCCCUUCUAGCUUGUCUACACCGACGAUGGUAGCCACCCGACCCAACCUGCCCAUCUCUAGCUCUUCGACGGGACUGGAUAAACUCGGAUCCCUCUCCAUCAGCAACGACCCCCCCCAGAAGCGGUUGGCUGAUUUUUUAUCUCCGCAGCACAGUGGUGAUGAUGAAGCGGUUGGAAAGCGGCCGCCGGUGAAGAAGAGCAGACCGAGUAUAGAGACAGCUAGUGGUGCUGAGACAGAAACACCACCACCAGGCACUGGCAGUUCAAGCACGAAGAGGGUUGUCAAGAAGAGGGUUGUCAAGAAGAAGGGGAUGCCUCCAAACUCGAAUUGUUUGGCGACGAUCUUUGCUAAUGCGAGUAAUGUUGUUGGGGAGGAGAGGGAAGGGGAGAAGAAGAAGGGGUAUGAGACUUUGAGUCCAAGGGCGAGGAGGGCGGCGCAGGAGCGGCAAUGGAGGGAGGUGAAGGAGGAGAGGGAGAGGGAGAGGGAGGAGGAGGAGGAGAGAAAGAGGGAGGUGGAAGGGAAACGAGGGUUUGGGAGGGAGGGAGGUUGUGUGGAGGUAGAUGAGAGGUUGUGUAGUUGAGGUUAAAGGGAUGGGGGUAUUUGUAGGUUUGUGUAGAUACAACGAUGUUGGGAUAAGGGGGGAUGGGAUUUGUGGGAUGAAUACUGUAUAUUGGACAGGCGAGUCUUGUGUUUGAGAUAAUAGAGAAUUUUGGUAAUUCUUGUAAAGAUUUGAGGAUGUGAUGAUAUUGUCUUUUUAAGGCCACGCCGAGUAAAAUCAUGGAUUGGUGUUCUGCAAAAUGCAGUUCACCGUGCCAUUCACCAUGCCAGGAAGCAUUCCCGAACCAUCACGUGCGAUUCGAUCAGUCCCCCGGGAUGGGGAGAACUGAAAAGUCGAUGUCUAUGGGAAGCUAUCACGGUCCCUCCACAGCUACGAAAUGCCACUCUCGGGUCAUCUGGCCUCAGACAAACGGGUCCCCCCUCUCAUCGAAAUCAGAAUGCCACGAAAAGAUAUCUUGAGAUCAUUCAAUCCACCGAAAGUCAUUCACUCGCACACAAAUCAAAAUGGACAAUAGUCACAGGCAAAAAUGUAGCAACCGCCGGUAAGAACCAUGGCUCAACGAGACACGAAAUCUCUCACCUGCAUCCAUAAACGGAGCCAGUAUAAUAUUUUUUCUCUCUUGGUGCACAUGAUAGAGGAGGAAGUUCCGUGGAAGAAGUUAACCAGUACCCUCCUACAAUAAGUGACCGUUGGUACAAUAUGGAGAGAAAAAGAAAAGGAAAAAGCGAAAAAAAAAAAAGAAAUUGGUGGGGGAAGACAUUUAUG